CAGAGUCCAGAUGUGUUCUGCUGUGUUCAGUGUUCAAUGUGAGUCAUGUGACUCUCUCCUGGUACAAAGGUAACAGUUUAUUGUCCAGCAUCAGUGUGUCUGGUCUCAUCAGCAGCGUCUCUCUACAUCUGGAGGUGGAAUAUCAGGAUAACAACACCUACAGUUGUGUGAUCAACAAUCCCAUCAGCAACCAGACUGAACAUCUGGACAUCAGUCAACUCUGUCAGACAUAUGCAGACCGCAUCCACUGUUACAGUUUUUCUGAAGCAGUGAUUCGAUUGGUCAUCUCUGCUGUGGUGGGCGUGGCUACUGUUGCCAUAGUGGUUUAUGACAUCAGAUCCAGAAGAGCUGAACAGAAGUGAAGAACAUCACAAUGGAGUAAAUGUAAAUAUAGUGCCAGUGAUGGAGGGAGAUUCUGUCACUCUACACACUGAUGUUGCCAAAUAUAUACAUUAUGUACAGUGGAGCUUUGGACCUGAACAUACUAUUAUAAUCAUUCAAUUUAAUGGGAGGACACCUAAUAUUACAUAUUUUAAUGUCGAGAGAAUCAGAGACAGACUACAGAUCGACAAUCAAACUGGAUCUCUGACUAUCAGGAACAUCCAAAUCACAGAUAAUGGACUUUAUGAACUACGCAUGAAGAAAUACAGGCUGUUAUUCAAUGUUACUGUCUAUGCUCGUCUGCCCAUUCCCAUUGUCACCAGUGACUCUUCAAACUGCUUAUCAAAUUGUUCAUUGCUGUGUUCAGCGGUGAAUGUGAGUCAUGUGACUCUCUCCUGGUACAAAGGAAACAGUUUAUUGUCCAGCAUCAGUGUGUCUGAUCUCAGCAUCAGUCUCUCUCUACCUCUGGAAGUGGAAUAUCAGGAUGAAAACACCUACAGCUGUGUGAUCAACAAUCCCAUCAGCAACAAGACUCAACAUCUUCUGGACAUCAAUCAAUUCUGUAAGACAUCUGCAGAUGGAGUGAAGAUAGUGUCAGUGAUGGAGGGAGAUUCUGUCACUCUACACGCUAAUGCUAGUGAUAUACCAAGACGAUAUAUGCGUAAUAUAAUGUGGAGGUUUGCACCUGAAGAUACUCGUAUAGUUAGAGACAUUCGGCUUGAUGAGAAGACGGGUGAAAUUAUAUAUCAUGAGGAUGACAUAUUCAGAGACAGACUACAGAUCGACAAUCAGACUGGAUCUUUGACCAUCAGGAACAUCAGAACCACAGACUCUGGACUUUAUCAAAUGUACGGUCUAUUCUUAAGAGAAUCAUUCAAUGUUACUGUCUAUGCUCGCCUUCCCAUUCCUGUCAUCACCAGAGAUUCUUCAUGUUUUUCAUCAUCAUCAGGAUCAUCAUCAGUGUCCAGAUGUGUUCUGCUGUGUUCAGUGUUCAAUGUGAGUCACAUGACUCUCUCCUGGUACAAAGGAAACAGUUUAUUGUCCAGCAUCAGUGUGUCUGAUCUCAUCAGCAGCGUCUCUCUACACCUGGAGGUGGAAUAUCAGGAUAACAACACCUAUAGCUGUGUGCUGAACAAUCCCAUCAGCAACCAGACUCGACAUCUCAAUGUCAGUGAACUCUGUCAGACAUGACCAGGAUGUUUGUUUUCCAGUUGAGAUGCUGUUGGUGAGUUUGUCAUAAUAAAUAAAAGCAGUGGUGCUCAGAUCUGCAUCUGCACAUCUACACCCCUCACCUGCAUUAUUAGAUCAAGAAUCAAUCAUUUUCACAAAAAACUGCAAAAGCAUUGGUCAUCCGACUGCUGAAGAAUAUGGCUUACACGUGUGCUUUUGGCUUACACAUUUGGCUGUUAAUGGGUGUGUUUGCUCCUCAGACAGGUGGAACGGAGACGGUAUCUGUGAUCGGGGGAGAUUCAGUCACUCUACACAUCGGACAUACUGAAAUACUGACGGAUGAUCACGUACUGUGGAUUUGGCUCAACAGUUCAGUGUGUAUAGCCCAAAUUUUUAACCAGGUCAUCUCUUUUCCUGAUGGCAAAGAGAUUUUCAGAGACAGACUCCAGUUAGACUACAAAACCGGAUCGCUCACCAUCACAAACAUCACAACUACACAGAAUGGAUUGUAUGAACUACUCAUCAUCCGUGCCAGCAAACUUGGCAAAGUUUCAAACAAGAUUUUUAAUGUGAACGUCUAUGGUGAGCAGUUGUUUUUUGCCCUGUCCUCGCUAGAUUACAGUCCAUCUUGAAAUGUCUUUAUUUUUUUUAUUUAUUUAUUUUUUUACAAAUAACAGUUUAUAACAUUUAAAUGACAUUUUCUAUAUGCAAAUCUGCAUAUAAUUUUGUCUAAACAAAUCAUAUUUAUUGGGUAGCCCGUAGGCCGUAAUGAAGUAAAAGUGUUUCGGUUUUUUUAUGGGCCAUAAAUUACAAUGUUAAUUGAAGUGGAAAAAAGUCUGUUAUAAUGUGCAAAACAAAAAUAUCACAGCAAAAGUCAUUCACUUAGUUAAAUGAGAAAACUUUCAUUAAAGUUGCUAAAUGACACGCAAGAUGGCGGCAUUUGCGGUUUUAUGAAAUGAGAGAACGGGUCCGUGGAAGAAACAUGAAAGUAUGCCGGUUGAAUUAACGGUCAAACAACAGCAAGUAUUUUAAUCAUUUAUUACUAAUAUUUUGUUUUUACAAUAUCAAGUUUUAAUAUUAUUUCUUGCACAGUUUUUUCAUACUGCAACAUUUUUUUUUAAAUUAUUAUUAUUAUAGGAAGGGAGUUGUCAGAUUUGGUGGUCCCUGUCAUUACCAGUGAACGUCCUUCAUCAUCAAGCUCAGAAUGUGUCCUGCUGUGUUCAGCGGUGAAUGUGAGUCAUGUGACUCUCUCCUGGUACAAAGGAAACAGUUUAUUGUCCGGCAUCAGCGUGUCUGAUCUCAACAACAGCAUCUCUCUACCUCUGGAGAUUGAAUGUCUGGAUGAUUCCUACAGAUGUGUGCUUAACAAUCCCAUCAGAAACCAAACUAAACUUCUUAACAACACUGAACUCUGUCAACCAUGCCCAGACCGUGUCCACUGUUGUAGUUUCACUGAAGCAGUGAUUCGAUUGGUCAUCUCUGCUGUGGUGGUUGUGGCUACCAGAGGUGGGGGACUCGAAUCACAUGACUUGACUCGAGUCUGACUCGAGUCGCACUUUUAAGGACUUUAGACUUCCUUGACUAAAUGAACAAAAUAACUUGACUUGACUUUGACUUGAGAUCCAAUGACUCGAGACUUGACUUGAACUGCAUGACUUUAUAACAAGUAAUUAAAUUACUAUUAUAUAAAUAUUCAUUGCAUCGAUUGAUAAACAGAAUGUAAGUUCACCGGCACCAGUGAUCAGAGUCUGUGAGAUUGCGUGAUGCUGCACAAGCACAGACAAAUCAUACGGCGCAGUGAGCGCGCCAAAAUCAGAGGGUAGAAAAAAUCUCACAAGAUCGUUUCUUUAGGAUAUAAACACUUCGAAACUGACCAUAUUCAUUAAAGGAGAUUUGCUGUAUGCAUAACAACUGGAAAGGGAUAUCAGACACGACCAUCACAACCUCGAACUUCAUUCAGCACUUCAAAAAGCGCAGGUUCCUCAGACUCUGUCCACUGUUGUGGUUUCACUGAAGCUGUGAUUCGAUUGGUCAUCUCUGCUGUGGUGGUUGUGGCUACUGUUGCCAUAGUGGUUUAUGACAUCACAUCAAGAAGAGGAGAAGAGAAGCAGUGAAAACAGAUUUCAACAGCCGAGCUUGACUUUUGCAAUGUAUAUGCUAAUUAAACAAUAGCACACAAGCAAAA